GGUUCUUGGAUUAUGUUUCAUAAAUAAAAAAUGGCGGCAUGUUCAAAGAUAUUGGCAUAGUUCUGCAUUUGAUACCACAAGAAGAAAAUCGUUCCAUGAGUUUUAGCUUACUUUACUGACCUUUGUUAAAAGAAGAAGUUUAUUUCAAUGGGCGAUAUAUCAGUGAAUGGACUCGGAAGUGUUUUACCAAAGGGUGACACGGAGGAAAAAUAUCACGUUGAAAUCUGUCUGAAACCGACAAGCUUGGCAGAGAGUCAAACAGUCAAAGAACAUGUGAUUGCCCUACUAGAUCGUCACCGCGUUAUCUAUGGAGAUCUCAUCUUGACUUCUUUUGAUGAUGUGUUUUUACAAGAGAAUGUUAAAUCUGUUUCACUUUGUGACACAGAGUGCAAUGCUGAAAAAAAGCAAAUCUGCCUGGUUUCGGGUAACCUGAUGAUGCAUGUUUAUCGACUGAAUGAAGAUGGACCAGGAACUGAAGAGCUGGAUGAUGAGGAGGAUAUGGCAGCUGCUCAUCAUUGGCUCCUGCCUGCCUCAGAUUUCAGUGGAUUAUGGGAGAGUUUGAUUUAUGAUGAGGAUAUCAAACGAGGGCUUUUGAAUUAUGCAUCAACAACUCUGCUGUUUUCUGACAAAGCUGUCAACAAUAACAUCAUAUCAUGGAACAAAGUUAUUCUCCUACAUGGACCUCCUGGGACAGGAAAAACUUCUUUGUGUAAAGCCCUGGCCCAGAAAUUAGUGAUCAGGUUGUCAGACAGGUACUCUUAUGGCCAGCUUAUUGAAAUCAACAGUCACAGUCUCUUCUCCAAGUGGUUUUCGGAGAGUGGAAAGUUGGUGAUGAAAAUGUUUCAGAAAAUCCAGGAGUUGAUUGAUGACCAGGAUGCUCUGGUGUUUGUGUUAAUAGAUGAAGUAGAAAGUCUGACUGCUGCAAGAAAAAGCACUAUGUCGGGGAGUGAGCCGUCAGAUGCUAUCAGGGUGGUGAACGCACUGCUUACUCAGCUCGAUCAGAUCAAAAGAUACCCUAAUGUGAUGAUACUGACUACCUCCAAUGUGACAGGUGCUAUUGACCUGGCAUUUGUGGACAGAGCAGACAUUAAGCAGUAUAUUGGACCACCAUCCCCAGCUGCCAUAUUCAAAAUCUACCACUCGUGUAUUAUAGAACUUAUGAGAGUUGGAAUCAUCUCCCCUGCACAGCAAUUGUUUGAUUUACGUACACUGGAAGUCAUGAAGUUCAUUGAAAAAAAUGUUACCAGGCUUAGUUUGCAACUGCGAGACAUAGCAAUGCAGAGUCAUGGAUUAAGUGGAAGGACUCUUAGAAAGCUCCCUUUUAUUGCCCAUGCUCUCUUUGUUCAGAGACCAUCUGUCACUCUUGAGGAAUUUUUGGAUGGACUGAAAAAAGCAGUAGAAAGGCAGUUCAAAGAGAGAAGUGACUUAUCUAAUGACUGAGGAAUUUGUUAAGAAUCAUGCCAAAUUUACUGAACUCUUUUGUUACUGUGAUAAAAAUCUUCAUGGUUUGAUGAUAUUUAUUAUGUUCAUUAUUCCAGACACGGUAAAUAAUGUUCAUUGUGACAGUGCUACAUAAUAAUUGUUUAUUACAUAAAAUAAGUCAAAAUGUA